CAGGUUGAUUCAUGAAGUUAAAUUGCAGCUCCAUUUCACAUUAUUAUGAAGAGUCGGCAGAAAUAAAGAAAGUGAGUGAGAAGGUUGGAGGAGCUGAAGGAACCAAGCUAGAUGAUGACUUCAAGGAGAUGGAGAGGAAAGUAGAUGUCACCAGCAGGGCUGUGAUGGAAAUAAUGACUAAAACAAUAGAAUACCUUCAACCCAAUCCAGCUUCCAGAGCUAAACUCAGCAUGAUCAACACCAUGUCAAAAAUCCGUGGCCAGGAAAAAGGGCCAGGCUAUCCUCAGGCAGAAGCGCUGCUCGCAGAGGCCAUGCUCAAGUUUGGAAGAGAGCUUGGAGACGAUUGCAACUUUGGCCCAGCGCUCGGUGACGUGGGGGAGGCCAUGCGGGAGCUCUCGGAGGUGAAAGACUCUUUGGAUAUGGAAGUGAAGCAGAACUUCAUUGACCCCCUUCAGAAUCUUCAUGACAAAGAUUUGAGAGAGAUUCAGCAUCAUCUAAAGAAGUUGGAGGGUCGACGCCUGGACUUUGAUUAUAAGAAGAAACGACAAGGCAAGAUUCCAGAUGAAGAGCUUCGUCAAGCUCUGGAGAAAUUUGAUGAGUCUAAAGAAAUUGCUGAGUCAAGCAUGUUCAAUCUCUUGGAGAUGGAUAUCGAACAGGUGAGCCAGCUCUCUGCACUCGUGCAGGCCCAGCUGGAGUAUCAUAAGCAGGCAGUCCAGAUCUUGCAGCAAGUCACCGUCAGACUGGAAGAAAGAAUAAGACAAGCUUCAUCUCAACCUAGAAGGGAAUAUCAGCCUAAACCACGAAUGAGCUUGGAGUUUCCAACUGGUGACAGCACUCAGCCCAAUGGAGGCCUCUCUCACACAGGCACUCCCAAACCUGCAGGUGCCCCUAUGGAUCAGCCCUGUUGCCGAGCUCUGUACGACUUUGAACCUGAAAAUGAAGGGGAGUUGGGUUUUAAAGAGGGUGAUGUCAUCACACUCACUAACCAGAUUGAUGAGAACUGGUAUGAGGGGAUGCUUCAUGGCCAGUCAGGUUUCUUCCCCAUCAAUUAUGUGGAAAUUCUGGUCGCCCUGCCCCAUUAGUAUGUUAUGCUGGCUGGCUCACCUCCUCUUGGCCCAGAUAGUUAAGUUUAACCACUGCUUUGGUAAUGCUGCUUACAAUACAUCCCAAGUGCAGGCUGCAGUGGUCCAAGUCAUCAAGCCCCACUGAGUCUCUUUGAUUGACUUGUGUGAUCCCACAGGAGUCAUGGUGAUGGGUGGUAUCUUCACAGCCUGGUGGGCAUGGCAUGUGCUUUUUAAAUAACAAUAUGAGACCAGCCAAUAGUCAGAGAAUUGCUGUUCAGACAGUUCUCAGGAGGCUGUGGCUUCUUAGAAUAAUGACCAUGAGCUACAUCACAGAAAAACCAUCCUACUGAAGAUAUUAUGAAUCACCCAGGGGCCAUCUCCAGGUCUCAGGUUCUCCAUUUAAAUAGGAGAAAGUUUUUGCUUUCACAUUGUCCCCUCCCAAAUAUGUGAGUCACAGAAAUGUGGAAGAAAGCCUCCCUCACCAGCAAAUUGUCUUCUGGUCUGAACAAGUUAGUCCCUUGAUGCUAUCAGUAGAAAAGUGUUGAGUAUGGAUUCAAAGCUUUCUCUGAAAACAUUCUCCUUUGUUCCUCCCACUUAUGCCUAUUUCUGAGGUACAGCUAAUUUUCCUCCCUCUCUAUUAAAGCCAAAGGAGGACUCCCAUUUUAUUUCAAAAUAAGACAAGUAGCAAUCAACAUAUUAUGGGAGGUGUUGAAAAGAGGAGAUUCUCCAUUAUGAGGAAUUGCAAAGAGAUCCGGUUUCCAAGCUUAAAUUUCUUGCUAUACAGAAACAAUAUAUAUAUUUAGUCAUUUCUGAAGGUACUGGGAAGGCGGAACAAAUAUCUUCACUUCAGUUUUAUUUAUAAAGUAAGUUUUUCAUGAAUCCAUUUGGCACAGAGACACAAGGAGAAAAACACUAAAAACCAUCAUUCCACUAGUUCAUAGACCAAGAAACAGUAACUAUAUUUUUUUCCACUUUCACCUUUUGUGUUCUUUGAACAUCAUUUGUGCAUAUUCUGCCCUCAAUGAGGACCAA